AGUAUUCGUAAUAAGAAAACGGAGUUAUACAACAUUAUAGCUAGUAAAGCGCCGGAUGUUAUCUUAGGCACUGAAACGCAUUUGAAUAGUGAGGAUCUGAGUGCUGAACUUUUACCAACAAAUAUCCCGUCUAUUGACAAAUAUCAAAUAUUCAGGAAAGAUCGGUCAGAAUUAGUGAACAAACGCGGCGGUGGUGUUAUUAUAAUGGUUAGACCUGGCUUACAAGCUGAGGAAUGUUCAGAUUUAGACUCUGCUUGUGAAAUAAAAUGGAUUAAAAUCAAAAUCGAUAAAAACGAACAAGUUUUAGUUGGAUCUUUCUACCGUGAACCAAAGGCUACUUUAGAAACAUUAGAUGAACUUGAAAAUUCACUAUUAAAAGCGAACUGUACUUCUCCAUACAAAAAUAUGAAGAAAUUUCUAGGGGGUGAUUUCAACCUCGGAGACGUGGACUGGGAUAAUGGAUGUACAUUGCCAAAUGCUAGGGAUAAGACUUUUUGUGAUAAAUUAAUCGAUAUAACUUCAACCUGUUUUAUUGAACAAAUUAACAGAACCCCUACACGUAAGGGUAGGAUUUUAGACUUAUUCUUUACGAGCCAUCCAACACUCAUACAACGACACGUAGUCGGACCACCUAUCGGGCUUAGUGACCAUGAUAUCUUAUCUGUAACAACAUUUAUCAAGCCGGUUAUUAACAAACUACCGCCGAGAACCGUGUUUAAUUAUAGAAAAGCGGACUGGCGGAAAAUUAAAGAUCGUGUGCUAUCAUUUCAACACGAGUUUCUGCGUAAUAUGCAUAACAACACAGUUGAUGUAAACUGGAACAAUUUUAAACAAAUAUUAUUAGAAUCAAUGGAACAAUAUAUACCGAAGAAAACUGUAAAAGGGAAAUCGGACAUACCGUGGUUAUCAAAGAAUAUCAAACGGCUUAUUAAGAAAAAACGCUACUUAUAUAACAUUGCAAGAAAAAGUAAUAACGCAAGUGACUAUAAAAAAUUUAGUGACCUUCGCAAAACUGUAAGGAAUAAAUUACAUACUUCCUACUACAAUUACAUUAGUAAUCUUCUAGAUCCAGAAAAUGAUAAAUCUUCGAAAUCCUUUUGGAAAUAUAUAAAGUCUCGUAAACAAGACAGCGUGAACAUUGGAACAUUGAAAAACAACGGUCAAAUCGCCGAAUCCGCUAGUCAUAAGGCAGAAAUGCUUAACAACCAAUUUUGUUCAGUAUUUACGAAAGAAUCUUUGGACAAUCUACCAAAUAAAGGAUCUUCGCCAUACUGCUCGAUGCCCAAGAUAAACGUUACAUUAAAUGGUGUUGUUAAGUAUGACAUUGCUCGUAGUGUUAAUCUUGGUCACCAGGUUGAUAUGGCGGUGCUUGACUUUUCUAAGGCUUUCGAUAAAGUAUCACAUCAGCGUCUCUCUGUGAAAAUGCAAUAUUAUGGUAUAUGUAAUGAAACCAACUUAUGGAUUAAUGAAUUCCUUAACGGUCGUUAUCAACGAGUAGUAGUAGACGGAGAAUCAUCAAGACCGUCACUGGUAACAUCUGGCGAUGCCCCAGGGAACCGUGCUUGGUCCUGCAUUGUUUUUACUAUAUAUUAA